AGUGACACGUUUUCUGUUUAUGUGAGAAAAAGAUGGCAGAGAGCAGCCCCAUAGCAGUAAAGCGAUGCGAUUCCGCAUGUGUAUAUGCCGUGAGCAUGGAGGCUAUCUCUGCUCUGACGGAGCUGGAUGAUCUGGAGCGGGUCUACCAGCAGCUCUGCACCGAGGAGAAAAAGGUGGAGACUGAGCUGGAGAAGUUGGUUGGGCAGCAGGGGAACAUUGACACCAAGAUGCUCGCUCUUCAAAGGAUGGGGCCCAACCUGCAGCUGAUAGGAGGAGAUGCCAGUCAGCUGUCUGGCAUGAUUACCUUCACCUGCAGCCUGGCAGAGAAUGUCAGCAGCAAAGUCCGCCAGCUAGACCUGGCGAAGGUCCUUUGGCUCGGACCUUCUUCCUCCUUCAGAUGUACUCGGGGCCCUGCUCUCCCUCCCUGCAGUCGCUCAUCCAUGGCUUCCACUCUGGGAGAUGCUUGCAGUGGGAGAGAUGAUGCCAGUCGGACCUCUCCGCUACCCGCAGGGCUGUUGGUAUUACCAUGGUUACCUGGAACAGACCCAUCCAUCGAGACCCGGCUUUAUAAGGUUAUCCAGCGGGCUGAUGACAUCCUGGACCUGAAGUUCUGCACAGAUGGCGUUCAGACGGCGCUACACAAUGAGGACUACGAACAGGCUGCCGCACACAUCCACCGCUACCUUUCUCUUGACCAAUCAGUCAUUGAGCUAAGUCGCCAGGGAGAAGAGAGCAGUGCUGUGGACGCUAGCCUGGCCAUGCUUCAAGAGGCAGAGCAGCGAUUGAAAGUCCUGGUUGCGGAGAGACUGGAUGAGGCUGUUACCAGGGGUGAUCUGGCGCAGGUGGAAAGAUUCUUUAAAAUCUUCCCUCUGCUUGGCCUCCACGAGCAAGGCCUGGCUCGCUUUGGCCAGUACCUCUGCAGCCAACUGGCCUCUAAAGCAGAUGAGAACCUGCUCUUGGCUGUGGGAGGACAGCUGGGAGAGAGGAGAGCUGCUCUGGUCUUUGCUGACACCCUGACUCUGCUGCUGGAGGGCAUAGCUCGUGUUGUGGAGACCCACCAGCCCAUCGUAGAGACGUACUACGGUCCAGGCUACCUGUAUACUCUCAUCACUCACCUGCAGCAGGAGUGUGACCGACAGGCCCAGAAAGUAGUUGACAAGUUCAUCCAACAGAGAGACUACCACAACAAGUUUCAGAUCGUCCAGAGCAGCAUGAUGAAGAGUGUGCCCACUGAGAGGAUUGAACCCAGGGAACUGGAUCCUGUAUUACUGGAAGUCACUCUGAUGAAUGCCAGGUCGGAGCUUUACUUAAGAUUUCUGCGCCGUCGCAUGAUGGCCGACUUCGAGGUUGGGGAUGCUACGGCAACACAUGGCAUCGUCCAAGAGCACAAGCAUAAUGUGGAGAAACUGCUGAAACACUGCAUGCUGGGCCAGCUCAUGCAGGAGCUGAUUGGCUACUACAUUCCAAUGGAGGAGUACUACAUGAGGGAGACAGUCAGCAAGGCUGUAGCUAUGGAUACAUAUGAGAAGGGUCAGCUGACGUCCAGCAUGGUGGAUGACUGUUUCUACAUUGUGAAGAAGUGCAUCAGCAGAGCUCUGUCCAGCUCCAGCAUUGACUGUCUGUGUGCCAUGAUCAACCACUCAACCUCAGUGCUAGAGUCUGACUUCAGGGAGGUGUUGUAUAAUAAGCUGGGGCAGGGCUUCCCUGCGACCACGCUGCAGGACAUCCAGCGUGGGGUGAGCAGUGCAGUGAGUCUGAUGCAGAGCAGCCUGCAGCAGGGCAAGUUCAACAACCUGGGCAUUGACAGCGCAGAGGUCGCCAAGGCUGCCUUCCUGGUGACUCUGAAUAACGUGGAGGUGUGUAGUGAGAACAUCACCACUCUGAAGAGGAACCUGGAGAGUGAUUGCUCCAAGUUGUUCACUCAGGGGGCGGGAUCAGGAGAGCAAGCUAAGAUUGACAGCUGUCUGUCAGACCUCGUCAACACGUCCAGCAAGUUCAAGGAUCUCUUGCAGGAGGGCCUGACAGAGCUGAACACCACAGCCAUCAAGCCUCAGGUCAAACCGUGGAUCAGCAGCUUCCUGUCCAUCUCACACAACAUAGAGGAGGAGGAGUUUAAUGAGUACGAGGCCAACGACCCCUGGGUCCAGCAGCUCAUCGUCAACCUCGAGCAGCUCAUGGCAGAGUUCAAGGCGGGGCUCUCUUCAGUUAUCUACGACACACUGACUAGCCUCAUGACCAGUUUGGUCUCCAUGGAGAUGGAGAAGACUGUCCUGAAGUGCACCUUCAGCAGGCUGGGAGGGCUUCAGUUUGAUAAGGAGCUGCGUUCUCUGGUGGCCUACCUCACUACUGUCACCACCUGGACUAUUAGGGACAAGUUUGCUCGGCUCACUCAGAUGGCCACCAUCCUCAACCUGGAGCGGGUAACAGAGAUCCUGGAUUACUGGGGCCCGAACUCUGGUCCUCUAACUUGGCGUCUCACUCCAGCGGAGGUCCGGCAGGUUCUGGCACUUCGCAUCGAUUUCCGCAGUGAGGACAUCAAGAGGCUCCGCCUCUAACCCUGCUACCCAGAGAAUGUGCUGGUGCACAUGUUACAUGGGACUAGACUCAUGCUGAUUGGUCUUUGAGGAAAAAGAGGAGUGUGCAGGUGGAUCCCCUGAGAGGAAGUCCCUGCUGCUCCUAACCUCUGCUGGCCUCAUAGGAGGUGGAGGAAGAGGUUGCCCCUAACUACAAAUUCAGUGAUAGAUAUUUGUUUAACCCCCAAAUGGUUACAGUUAGGUUUGAGGUAGGGUGAUCUGAUCCUAGAUCUGUAGUUAAUGCUACUUCUACCUCAUACAGCCAAUCAGAGCCAGAAGUAACAGCAGUAAUGGAACUAUGGGAUUGUGGAACAGUGGGAUUAUGGAUUUGAGCCUUUUGGCUUGGAUUAAUGAAUAUUAUGUAACAUAUUAAAUGUAAAAUAUUAAAGUGUUCUCUCGAA